GAUUGGCAGAAAUAGGAGCAUUUGGUCCAUCGUUACCUGUCAAGUAUGGAGGAGGUGGAAUGGAUGAAAUUGCCUAUGGGAUAAUUAUGCAAGAGCUUGAAAGAGGUGAUUCUGGUAUACGAUCAAUGGCAUCUGUCCAAGGCUCAUUAGUAAUGUACCCAAUUUAUAGAUAUGCGAGUGAGGAACAAAAGAUGAAAUAUCUUCCAAAAUUAGGUUCUGGAGAAUUCAUUGGCUGUUUUGGUUUGACAGAGCCAGACCAUGGCUCAAAUCCUGGUGGUAUGAUUACCAAUAUCAAAGAUGAUGGUGAUGCGUAUAUUUUGAAUGGUGCAAAAAUGUGGAUUACUAACUCACCUGUUGCUGAUUUGGCAGUUGUGUGGGCAAAAGAUGAAGAAGGUAAAAUUCGUGGUAUGGUUGUGGAAACUGGAACACCAGGAUUUACCACACCAGAAAUUCAUGGAAAAUGGUCACUAAGAGCAUCUAUCACAGGUGAACUUGUUUUUGAAGAUGUAAGAGUGCCAAAAGAGAAUGUAUUUCCAGAGAUAAAAGGUCUAAAAGGACCAUUAUCUUGUCUUUCAAAAGUAUUUGCAUGGGGAGCUAUAGGAGCAGCAUUGGAUUGUUAUGAUUCUGCAUUGCGAUACUCCUUACAAAGAGAGCAAUUUGGAAAACCGAUCGCAGGAUUUCAGUUGACCCAGAAGAAAUUAGCUGAAAUGAUUACAGAAAUCACAAAAGCACAAUUAUUAGCAUGGAGACUUGGCUCUUUAGCGAAUAAUGGGAAAGCGACACCGGCACAGAUUUCGAUGGCAAAAAGAAAUAAUGUGCAUAUGGCGCUAGAAAUCGCCAGAGAAGCAAGACAAAUUCAUGGCGGAAUGGGUAUUACAAACGAAUAUUCCUGUAUGCGCCAUAUGAUGAAUCUUGAAACCGUGUUAACUUACGAAGGGACGCAUGAUAUUCAUUUAUUAAUAACAGGAAUGGAUGUAACAGGGUUGAAUGCUUUUAAGUAG